UAAGAAUGGCAUCGCAUCCCUGGUUUCCGAAAAGCGCCGUUAUAUGAAGACCAUGCAGAAUGGGAGAAAUGAAUGCUCUCAGUUUUGUGGGACAGGAUGACAUUGUUUCUCUGCGAAUAAUCUGCAGCAAGGCUCGCGAUGGCAAACAGUACAGCCUCGAGGAAGUGGACAGCUAUGGGAACACGGCCUUGUUGAAGGCCUGCUACUUGGGACGCAUUGAGUGCGCUCACACGCUUUUGGAGUUUGGUGGAAAUAUUUACGCCAUCAAUUAUUUUGGACAAAAUGCUUUAACCCUGGCGACUUAUUCUGGUCAAUUGCCUUUGGUUAAGGAGCUUUUACGCCGGAGAUCGUAUAAGGAUUUCAAUCUAUCCUCGAUGAUUCCGGCACUCUGCGUGGCCGUCAUUGAAAAGCAUACCGCCCUGGAGCAAUUUUUCACUCAAUUGGAUCCGAACGGUGCUCGAAAAACACAUACAGUGCAAGGUCUGGGAGUUGAAGAACUGCGGCGAAUGAUGAAACAGGCAGAACGUUUGAACAAGAAGAAUGCGUCCUCGCCUCGGACGUUUAUAAACCAUCGUUACCGUUAGUGCAUUGUGUCUUGAUUAUUUUGUGUAAUUUAGAUUUUAAAAAUAUAUUUAUAUUUCUGUCGUGAGUGUGA